AUGUGGCUCCAGCCCCUCAGCGGCCUGGGUCACUGCGCCCGGGAGCCGCCGCGUGUUAUGUCCCGGCUGCGCCUUUGGUUGCCACGGCUCUUGCUCACGUGGCAGCAACUGUGGCUAGUAGUCCUGGCAGUUCAGCCUCCGGAGUGGGCCCUGGGCCCCGUCCAGGUGACCCCCAACCCCGCGCGGCUGACCGAGGCUUGGUCUUCAUACGCCUCAGACCCCCCUCCCAAAUUGCCCCAUGCCCUUACACCCCUGGCAGAAGCCGGGGGCUUUAAUUACUCGACGUCCUCGUCUCCAGUCCAGAUGUUGGCCCCGCCUCAUCAGGAGUUGACUGAGACUGAGGUUCCAUACCCAGACACGGAUUCGGUUGGAGAGCUGCCUACAGGGCCAGAUCAGUUUGCUGUUCCACACCAAGAUCUGAAUAACAAGCAAACCCAACAUCAAAAGCUCCCAGAGGAAGUUCCAGUGCUGGAUUGGAAUCAGAAUCAGGCCUUGGUUCUGCCUUCUCGACACAAAAAUGCCUUUUAUCCUGAGGAGAGCCUACCUACGGAUUUUCUGGGGAGCCCAGAUGAACCUCCAGAGCCCCCUGAGGAAGCUGAAAUUUCUCCAUCCCAGCAGGAGGCCCAAACUCGUCAUCCAGAGCUCACUGAGGAGGCUGAAUCUUUACCCCAGCAAGAGGCCCCUGCUCAGCAGCCACAGACCCCUGAGGAGGUUGAAUCUUUUUCACCCCAGGCAGAGGCCCAGGCUCAGCAUCCAGAGCCCACUGAAGAGGUAGAACCACCUCCACUUCAUCAGGAGGCUCCAUCUCAGCCUUCAGAGGCCCCUGAGGAACUAGAAACUUCAAGUCCUCAGGAGGCCCUAGCCCAGCCUUUGGAGACACUUAAGGAGGUUGUAGUUCAACCAGUAGCACCUCAUGGGGUAAAUGAAGCUCAGCAGUCAAACUUGUACAAUGUCACUGUUAAACCUCUGGAUCUGGCACUUACCAUAACUCCACAGGUCACGAAAGAGGUUGAACCUUCUCCAGUCCAGCAGGAGACCCCAUCUCAGCCUCCAGAGCUCCCUGAGGAGGUUGAACCUUCUCUACUCCAUCAAGAGGCCCCAACUGAGACUCCAGGGUUCCCUACUGAGUAUGUACUUCAAAUUCCAGUGAGGGAUGAGGUAGCAUCUCUACCUGGCGUUCAGCGUCACGCUCAUUCAAACUUGCCCAGUGUUACACUUCAACCUCUGGAUUUGGAACUUACCAUCACUCCAGAGCCCACUACGGAAGCUGAAUUUCCUACAGCUCAGCAGGAGGCCCUGGCUCCACCUCUUGAGCAUCCUGAGGAGACGGAGUCUUCUCCAACCCAACAAGAGACCUCAGCUAAGCCUCCAGAGCCUCCUGGAGAGGUUGAGCCUUCACGUGAGCGCAAGCAACCAGCUCCGCCUUCUGAGCCUCCUGGGGAAGUUGAACCUUCUCCAACCCAGCAGGAGACCACAGGUCAGCCUCCAGAGCCUCUUGUGGAAGCUGAGCCUUCUCCAAGUGAACAGGAACAAGCGACUCAGCCUUCGGAGCCUACAGAGCCUCCUGAGGAGGUGAAACCAGCAACCCAGCAGGAGACCCCAGCUCAGCUUUCAGAGUCUUUUGGAGAAGCUGAAACUUCUGCAACCCAGGAGGAAGCCUCAGCUCAGUCUCCAGAGCCCCCUAAUGAGGCAGAAUCUUCUCCAACCCAGCAGGAGAUCCCAGCUCUGUCUCCAGCGGAGACAGAACCUUCGGCAACCCUGCAGGAGCAACCAGCUCAGCCUCCAGAGCCUUCUUCAGGGGAGGUGGAACCUUCUCCAACUCAACAGGAACAGCCAGCUCAACCUCCAGAGCAUCUUGAAAUGACAGUUUCACCUCCAAGUCACCAUCAUGCUGGGCAUUCAAACUUAUCCAGUGUCGCUGUCAAACCUGCAGAUGUGGAGCUUACCAUAACAAAAGAGCCCACGCCAGAGGUGGGACCUUCUCCAAAUCAGCACAAGCCUUCAGCUCAGCCCUCAGUGCCCCUUACUAAUGCAGAAUUUUCUGCAACCCCGCAUGAGGCCCCCACACUGCCUUCACAGCCACCUGAGGAGGUUGAACCUUUGCCAGUUCAACAGGAGGCUCCAGCCCAAUCUCCAGAAGCCGGUACACGUAACAAACCUUCAGUACAAGAGGAGACCCCAGCUCAGUAUCCAGAGCAUCCUGGAGAAGAAGUUAUACCUGCCACAACCCAGCAGGAGACUCCAGAUCAGCAUCCACAGGCUCCUGAGGUUGUACCUUCUCCACCUCAGCAGGAAGCCACAGCUCAGCAUCCACAGUCUCCUGGUGAGGUUGAAUCCUCUCCAACUCAGUCUCCAGAGCUCUCUAAUGUGACUGUAGUUUUCUCUCCAGAGCAUCAUGUGACAACAGUUUCUCCUCUAGGUCAGGAUCAAGCUCAGCUUCUGCAGCGGCCCGCUGUCACUGUUAAACCUGUGGAUCUUGCACUUACCGUAACUCCAGCGUUCACUAAUGAGGUUGAAACUUCUCCAUCCCAACAAGAAACCUCGGCUCAGUCUACAGUGUCCCCUGAGCAGUUGGAACCUUUGUCAGUCCAGCAAGAGGUUUCAGAUCAGCAUGCAACCCCCACUAAAAAUGUUGAACCUUUUCCAGUUCAGCAGGGAGCCCCAACUCAACCAACAUACCCCGAGGUGACACUUCCAAAUCCAGAGCAAGUUCAGGCUCAGCAUCCAACCUUGACUGAGGUCACAGUUCAACCUUUGGACCUUGAACUGACCAUAAGGCCCAAACCCACUACGGAGGAUGAACCUUCUCCAACCAUGCAGGAGACCUUAACCCAGCCUCCAGAACCACCUAAGGAGGUUUUUGUAGCUCAGCCUCCGGUAUAUCAGAACCCAAUAGUUCCAGCACCAGACCAGGAUCACACUGAGCCUCCAACAUUACCCAGUGUCAGAGUUCAACCUUUGGACCAGGAGCUUACUGCAACUCCAGAACCUACUACAGAGUCUGAACAUUCUACAGCCCUGCCGCAGACUACAGCUCCCCCUCCAAAACACCCUGAGGUGACACUUGCACAGCCAAACCUGACUCAAGUCACAGUUCCACCUGUGGACCUGGGAGUUAACAUAUCUCAGCAACCAAGGCCAUCUGAGACAGUUCCUUCGACUCAGUAUUCGGUAUCCACGGGUCUUCCUGGUGUAAAAUAUACCCCAGAAAAGGAGCAGCCAGAACAGAACGCCACCACAAACAUCAGCAUAUGUGAGCUCUGUACCUGCAAAAAUGAGACGCUGUCGUGUGUUGGUCUCAGCCCGAAGCAGAAGCUCCACAGAGUGCCUGAGCCAGAGCCUAACACCUACAACGGCACCUUCACCGUCAUAAAUUUCCAAGGAAACUCUAUUUCUUACAUUGAUGAAGGUAUAUGGAAGGCAUACCGCUGGGCUGAGAAGCUGAUUCUCAGUGAAAAUUAUUUGACUGAAUUACAUAAGGACUCCUUUGAAGGCUUGCUAUCCCUCCGAUAUUUAGAUUUAUCCUGCAAUAAAAUACAGUCUAUCGAAAGACGUACAUUUGAACCACUACCUUUUUUGCAGUUUAUAAAUCUUAGUUGCAAUUUACUCACAGAACUGAGCUUUGGAACGUUUCAGGCCUGGCAUGGAAUGCAGUUUUUACACAAGUUAAUUCUCAAUCAUAAUCCUUUGACAACAGUUGAAGAUUCUUAUCUUUUUAAAUUGCCAGCAUUAAAAUAUUUAGACAUGGGAACAACACAAGUGUCACUUACAAUAAUUGAAAGCAUCCUCAUGAUGACCCUUGAAUUGGAAAAACUGAUCUUACCUAGCCGUAUGGCCUGCUGCCUCUGCCAAUUUAAAACUACUAUUGAGGUUGUCUGUCAGACAGUCAAGCUGCGUUGUGACAGUGAAUGCCUGACAGACGUCACACGUUGUGAUGAAGAAACAUCUCUUGGGAGUGCAGAAGGAUCGUUGAUGAAGGUGUUACAAGCCCGGAAGAAGAACAGCAGCACCGAGCUGAUUAUUGAGUCAGAGAGGGUGUCCUCAGAUAAAAGUGCUGUCAGCUUGUCAGGCGUCAUGAACGAGCAGCUGGACCUCCAUGAUAAAAGCGAUAGUAUCGGGGCACGAAAUUACAUACUGCCUUACAUCUCAGAGGGGAAUCUAGGAGAUGUGGAAUCAGCGUUAUUACCGUUCCUUCAGCUGCUUUUUUCAGACACACAAGAUGGAGAUAUGCCCCUGGGCCUUUUGAAAAACAAUACAAGGAGCCCUUCUGUUAAACGUGUACGCAACAAUUCAACUAAUAAAAAGAAAUUGAGGAAACUCCAUUUUCUGGAAAAUUUGUUAGAUGCAGAAACUCAAGAAAAAGUGGAUGAGGUGAAAAAGGAAGAAAAACCUGCCCCGCGUACGCGUUCCAACCUUUUAAGUGCCAUGUUUAAACGGUACAUCUUUCAAAAGAAAUUGGAAACUGCCCAACCACAGAAAGACAGCCCAGCAAAGACGGAGAGUACCGAGGAAAAGCUGCUGAGAGUGAACAGGGUCCUCAAGGGCCCAAGGGGCCUACAGAAAAUGCACCUCCAAGCAGUGGGAGAUGAGAGCCUCAGGAGGAAACAGAAUGCCCAGCCAUCUGUGGCGAGCACUGCCGAAGAAAGAAGGCUCAGGAGGCCAUCCCCAGGAAAGCUGCAACAGCUUCUCAUGGUGCAGAGGCCCAGGAAGCUGGUGGGAAAGUCCUCCAAUGCGGAGUCUUCAUUCAUAAAAGAACACAAGGCAGCAGGUUCCUCUACCCUGAAACAGUACUUCAAGGUGAGGCCUUCUGCCUCCAUCCCUCCAAAAUCCCCAUCUGACGUUCAAAGCAAAUCAAAAGACUUAUCCAACACUAUACUUGUUUUAGAGGAUGCAAAGGCUAGAGUUAGAAAUAUUAAGGAUUUUGAACUAAUCUCACAUUCUGGGAAAAAAUACAUCUUCCAUAAAAUUAGGACUCAUCGGGUCCAGAGAAAACCCAAAGUCAAAAGGAGUCGAAAGUUCAGAAAGAAAAGUUCACUCAAUAGAAUGAUGCUUGCAAGCCCUCCGUUCUCUGUAGUGAGGAGUCUCAUAAAUUCCCCUCCGCGAGAAGCUGUUUCACCUUCAAGAGAAGUGACUUCUCAGGAAAAUCCUUUUCCAGAAUUAUUUUCUCUUUCAGACCCUUCUACAGAAAACACUGCUUCAGAAAACAAUACUGCACAAAAUGUUUCUGAAGAAAUUAUUUCUUCAGGAAGCUCUACUCUGCCAGGAGGAACCGGCCCUGGAAACACUGCCCGUAAGGAUGUCUCCACUGCACACUCUGCUGUUGCUGCGGACAACAGUAUGCCAACUGUUCAACACACCAACGAAACACAAUGGGAGCACCACGACACGGGCACUGAAUUAUCCUCUAAGCCCACAGGCUUCACUUUCCCAGGGCUCACAUCCCCGGGUGAUCAAGUUGAAACUCAGCUAAACCAGCAGCUACGGUCCCUCAUCCCCAACGAUGACGUGCGAAGGCUCAUUUCUCACGUUAUCCAGACUUUGAAAAUGGACUGCUCGGAGACCCACGUGCAGCUGGCCUGUGCCAACCUCAUCUCUAGAACAGGCCUCCUGAUGAAGCUUCUCAGCAAGCAGCAGGAAGUAAAGGUGUCCAAAGCGGAAUGGGAUACGGGCCAGUGGAAAAGUGACAACUCUAUCAGUGAGAGCACAGAAGCCCAGAGUGAGCAGAAAGAGCAGGAGUCAAGUGAGCUCACAAAAGAAGUUCCAGGAUAUGGCUAUAACAACAAACUCAUCUUGGCAAUAUCUGUAACUGUAGUAGUGACGAUUUUGGUUACACUUCUCUGUCUCAUUGAGAUUUAUUCUCAUAGAAUUGCAAAAGGGGAAGAUAAAAAAAGCAGCAGAAGGGGCUUUUUUCGAUUUCUGCUGCGUAAGAGAAGCUCAGGGGAAAGUGAGAGUCAGGAGGGCUUUUUUGGGAGAAGGCGGCCACUUUGGCUUAGGGAUAUGUAUAGGCCUCUCAACGCCACACGCAAGGAAAACAUGGCACAAAAGCUACACGACAGGGAGUCUUCUGAUGAGGAAGUCAUCAAAGCCCCAGCAGAGAAGCUUCUGGCUGCAUAUUGGGUUGAUGAAGAGGCGGGUGAGGAAAGUGAGACCGCACACGAGACUGCCACAGAGUGAGCCCUGUUCUGCCUCAAGCCACCUGCAAAUUUUAUUUUCUAAUAUUGGCUUCUCAGCAUUGCUUGUAAAAUACUUACUUUUCUCAUACUAAAGUAUAUAAAUU